GUAAUUCAGUUUUUAAGUCCCGUUUGAUAAUAUACUCUUUUUCGGGGAACUUUUGCAUGAGCACACUUUUAGGGCUAGCACCUGUUGUUUAUGUACCAGAAAUAGGACAAAUUAUCUCCCUUUGGAUAGUAUGUCGUCAGCUUAAUGGUUGACCGGAAAGAAAGGGGUUUAGCAAACUGGAGAAACAUAAUUAGAUUGUGAACACAGAAAAGGCAAGAGGAAGGGAAAAUGAUAUGGUUCAGUGAAUGUGACGAAUCAGUCGGGACCGUUUACCUGCUGACAAGGUUGAGGUAGUUCGGCGUACUGUCGUCUGCGCGAGCCACCUGUGAUGCAAUCUCAUAUCUGUAUAGAAUCACAGAAUGGACAGGAAAUAAAGUGUUGCGGACCCACGUCUGUUGUGGACCCACACAUUUAUCCCACAAUAGCAGCCCUGGAUACAUAGUGCAGGGAAGAUUGUUGUAAUUCUCCGCUUCUGGUUCAGUCAAGUUUGAAGUAAACAGUUGCAGCGCUAAUAGUCAAGGAGGUACUAUUGUCAUGGAUACCGACCAAGACAGGGACAUUGACCGUGGAUAUGCCUGGGUCGUUUUGUUUGCUGCCACAUUUUCCAACUUCAUCACAGGGAUGUUGGUAUACUCUCCUGGUGUGUUCAACACCGCCAUCUUGGAGGAGGUAGAACAUGAUCUGUCACGGACUUCUUGGAUUGGCUCAACUUUGGUGGGAACAAUCACAAUGUUAGGUCCAGUAGCUGGAGUUUUCACAAACAGAUUUGGCUGCAAGGUGGCUACAUGUACCGGAGGAAUGUUGGUUCUAAUUGGGAUGAGUGCAGCUUCCUUUAUAAAGAGUGUUAAUGGUCUACUGCUCACGAAUGGCAUCCUGACAGGCCUGGGAGCUUGUCUGGCAGUAAAUGCAGCGGGUACCAUACCUGGGUAUUAUUUUAAAAAACGUCUCCCCAUUUCAUUUGGAGUGUCCACAGCCGGAACCGCCAUGGGUUUGUUUGCUGGUGGCCCUUUAGUUGCAAUAUUACUACAAACCUAUUCUCUCAGUGGUGCGUUUCUCAUAUUUGGUGGCAUUGCGAGUAACUUCUGUGUGGCAGGAUCUCUGAUGAGACCACGACGAGAAGCAGCAUUGGAAGCAACUAUCACAGAACAACCACGAUUACCAGUCAGAUCCGCUCUUUAUUGAAGGUAACAAAGUUCAGGAUGAAUCGAAUACGAUGAGGGAACAUUAUGAAAAUGUGGAGGAUGACUUUGAUGACCAAAAUUUGCAUGACAAGAUUCAGAUUGAGGUAACCGAAAACAAACCUGGGACCUGCGAGGAAACUAAAUAUUCCAGAAGUAAGUUUGUGACCGAAGGAAGUGAAAACAUUAAAACGGAUUCAGGAAUUUUACAUUCCGAAACUCGUAAUUCAAACUUGCCAAGAUGUUUGAAUUAUUUGAGAAGAAACUUGUUUCUAAUAACAGCGAAUGGAUUUCUUUUCUACAACAUCAGUCUUCUGUUCAUGGGUCUGGGUGAAAAUGCUAUCCUCUUCCAUCUACCUAAUUACGCUCACUCAAAGAAGACCCCUCGCCUUCAGUCAGCGAAUCUGUUUACUGCAAUGGGUAUAUGUAGUCUGUUGUCGAGAUUAAUCACCGGUAUCAUAUCCAACGACAAAGAGAUAAGCAUCACCUUGCUCCAUGUCAGCUUAUUGGGAAUAGCAGGAAUCCUGACCCUGUUGUUCCCACUGUUCUCACAUACAUAUCCUCUCCAGAUGUUGUUCAGUGCGCUGUAUGGCUUGUAUGGGGGAGGCCUUCAUAGCAUCCUGAGCCCAAUGACUGUGGAAUGUGUAGGGGUGUCUCAUCUAGCUGUUGGAUACGGGAUGACUCAUUUCGCCAUAGGAAUUGGAUAUAUUCUUGGCCCGCCACUCGCAAGUAUGAUCUAUGAAAGCAGUAAGGACUACGACCACACUUAUUUCUUUGGAGGCGGAUGUCUAAUGGCAGCUUCAGUGUGUGCAGCAGCUGUUCCCGUAUACCGGAGGUCACAUGGAUAUUACUAUUAGCUGGUUGGUUUGUUAUCUUACGCCGCACUCCAGGUGCCCGUUUCACAAAGCUCACGUAGCGCUACGACUAUCGCAAGUCAAUGUUACAGUGUAUGAAGUAUGAAUGCUACGAGAAAAGUUACGAGAUCUUAGAGUUACGAGCUCGAGAGCUUUGUGAAACGGGCCCCUGUAACAUAGACUUACGACAGUCGUAGUGCUACGAUAGCUUUGUGAAACGGGUCCCAGCUAAAUGGCGAGGGUAAGAUAUUACUGCUAAGUGAAUGCGACUAGUCUCGUCCAACUACCGUCAAAUUGUUGACAGUUUCUAUCCCUAAUGUGUAAUUUGCAAUAGCAAGACACACAGAUAUAGUAGUCUCUAUUUCCGGUUUUUAGCGAGUGUGUGAGUGAGUGAAUAUUGCUUAAGCAAAGAUCGGCGAGAAAUGUCUUUUGCUAUAAAGAAUAUUAGUGAGUGAGUGAGUGAGUUUAGUUUUACGCCGCUUUUAGCAAUAUUCCAGCAAUAUCACGACGGAAAGAAUAUUAAACACAAUGAAUGUGAUGUUCAAAAUCACUAAAAUCUCGGUGAAAUGUCACAUUCAAAUGUAAAAUGACUGCUGAAAUAAACAUCUAUAUAUUU